CUUGAAUACAGAUGGAUAAAAUUAACCGUUUUCUAUGUUAUAGAAGUGUAUGUGGCGUGUUUGUUUACGAGGAAAAUUUUAGCGACAAACAAAGGGUUUAAAACUUAUUUUAGAUUUAAAGUAAGCCAGAAUCGUUAAAAAAUUAUUCUUAGACACCAUAAUGUCGUUUGCACGAAGUUUACAAGACGAAUUAAACGAACCCGACGAAUUUGAUAUAUCAUCAGGCUGCGACAUGUCUUUUGAAUUGUCUUGUGAUGAAAACAGUGAUCAACUACCAGUUAACAGUCCACAUAAAGACAAUGGACCUAAAAAAUUCCAGUUUUCUAGUUGUGAUAGCUUAACACCCAAACCAAAGAAUGGAUCAUUUAGUCCUCCUUACAAAAGGGUUAGAGCCUUAAGGUUAUUUGAUAGUCCUUUGACACCAAAGACUAUUAUUCAAAAAUCCGCCUGUGACACCCCUCUGCCUAGAAGCAGAUUAUUUGGCUGUAAACCGAAGGCUGUGGUCUCUGCAUAUCCUAAAAGGGAAGAAAGACCUGUAGCCAAUGUAAACCCGUUUACACCUAAUGGAAUGCUAUUAUCAAAGAAACGCUCUAGAUCUAUUAGAUCUAUGCUAGAAUCUCAAGACAUAAAACCUCCAAAGUUUGAUUUAAAUGAAAGUGAUGCAUCAGAUGUUGAACUAGAACAACCCACAAAGAGGGUUGCUUUACAAGAAAAUAAUAUCUCCAGAUACCAUCAAGAAUUUGUACAGUUAGAACUUAUAGGCAAAGGACAAUUUGGUUCUGUUUUUAAAUGUGUCAAUAGAUUAGACGGAUGUAUUUAUGCUGUGAAAAAAUCUACUAAACCAGUAGCAGGGAGUGUCUUUGAAAAAACUGCUCUAAAUGAAGUGUAUGCCCAUGCAGUUUUAGGUAAACACCAACAUGUAGUGAGAUACUAUUCUGCCUGGGCAGAAGAUAAUCACAUGAUAAUCCAAAAUGAAUACUGCAAUGGAGGAUCCCUAGCAGAGAAAAUAGCAGUUGAACCCUUAAGUGCACAAGAAAUUAGGACAUUGUUACUUCAUGUGGCAGAAGGUUUACGAUAUAUUCAUUCAGAAGGUCUAGUUCAUUUGGAUAUUAAACCAGGAAAUAUCUUCAUCUCGAGAGAGAAGAAAGUACAUAUGACAAACUAUGAGUCAGCAGAUGAUGGAUUUGAAGAUUUAGAUGAUAAUACUGUACUAGAAGAAGAACUUACAUACAAAAUUGGAGAUUUAGGACAUGUAACCAGUAUACAAAAUUCACAGGUUGAAGAAGGUGAUUGUCGAUAUCUUCCCAACGAAAUUCUUCAAGAAGAUUACUCCCAUUUGACGAAAGCUGAUAUAUUUGCUUUAGGAAUUACCGCCUUGGAGGCAGCUGGUGCCGGCGCUAUUCCGAAGAACGGUGAAAAAUGGCACUCUCUUCGGCGAGGCGAACUACCUCAGCUACCCCAAAAACUCAGGCCUGAUCUUCUUGAUCUCAUUAAGCAGAUGAUUCACCCUGAUCCUAUGCACAGACCAUCCCCAAUACAGAUACUACAAAAUAGGGCACUGUCUCCCGACAGCUCCAAAUCUAAAGCCGAGCUCACCCGCGAACUGAACGCAGAGAAACUCAGAAACGAGUUGCUAGUGAAGCAACUAAAAGAAGCUGCUAUCUGCAUCAAGACCAUCGCUAACGAGAAAUUACCGAAUUCCACCAAAAUUAAUUCGAGGCUAAUUGGAAAGAAGGUCAAUAGAAGCGUCAGUACUACAACGUUUUAAAGAAUGUUUUAUUAAGGUUUAAGUUUGAGACGAGAAUGUUGAGUUUUGAACGGUCAGAAGUUAUGCAGUUCUUUUUUUAAAUAUAUUUAUAUAAAAUAUAUAUUCGCCCAACAAAUUCCUAAUUGUGAACAAAUUUAGAUGAUCAUCAAAUCCAACAGGACCAGUAAUAUGUCAACAAUAGCUAUUAAGUACUGAACACAUUAUAUAUAACCUUAAAAUCUGAAAACAAUUUCGAAAGGCAGCUGCAGACAUGUAAAAUUCAUUCCAUGACAUUCAAUACCCGAUCCAAGGAAAAAAGAACAUCUUAUAGUACACCGAUUCUUUGUUUACAGUUGGAAAUCUGUUGUGUAUAUAUUGUGUAGUAUAGGUUAUAUGGUAGAGACAGUAUAUUAACCCUUUUUAAUAUUUUGAAGGGAUCAACUCCUGACAAAUUGUGAAAUGUGACAUUCCAGUUUGUAUACGUUAUAAGUUAUGUGUUUUUUGAGGUUAUAUUUGUAACGUCAAAUCAUUUUGUGAUGUUUUAAGUGAGUACGUAUAAAUGUAUAAGCAUUCAAAGUUAAGUUUUUUUCUAUAUUUUAAAUUUAAAUCAAAUUGAAAAAACAAAAUGUGCUAUAUUUCGUUUAGGAUUCUAUUUUUAUUAAUUUUAGUGAAUAGUUAUCACUCUGACCGUUGAUGAAUUGAUUACGUCUCUUUGAUGCCCAAAAAAGGCUAUUUAGUAGACAAAGAGAAAGAAGAAAUGAUGUUUAUCUGCUUAUUUAUUUAUUUCAUUAUUUCUUUUAUUUAGUGACAAUUUUUUAUCAGAAAUUGACAACCAUUAAUACUUCAGUUAUCCAAUUUUUUUUACCAUAACAUUUUUCUUCUCCCGGGCACUUUUUUAUGUGUAAUUAUUAAUUUUUUUGUGGGAGAAAUUGUUUUGUUGUGACUUUUGUAUUUGAACAAAUAAUUGCAAACAUUUCAGUCCAAAAUUGUUUAUGGGAACAUUGUAUUGAAUUUCUAUUUCCACACUUUUUAUAAAUAUGCAAAACUCAUAAUUAAGAUUUUAGGAUUACUCCAUGGACUAAAAAGCAUUCAGCAAAUCAUUAUUGUUUGAUUGCAUGUUGAAAUUUUUCUUCAUCACGAUAUCCCUAUAUAUAUACGCAAGAAAACAAAUAAUAUCACUGUGCAACUUUCAUUGAAGUGAGGAAAACCGACAAUUUUAGUAACUAGUGUUGUUGCCUCAUUGUCUCUUGGUUCUCUAGAUAAAUUUGUAACAAAAAAUGUAAGGCCAUUGCGUAUCUUUUUUUUUUUGUAUGACGAUCAUCGACAUGGGAUUUUGUUGUGCACUAAAUGUUUUUUGUCUAUCUACACGUCUGUUUAAAUAAUUGAGAAUCUGUAUAAUUGAGGAUCUUAACAUGUUUAAAUUUAUACUAAAUUCUCUACUUUUAAACAAUAAUCAUGAAUUUUAGGUUUGGAAACCCCCAGUACAAUUUAGUGUACUGUAAUAAUUGGGUGUUUCUUUGAAAUACUUUCAUUCUAUUUAUAAUUUAUGUUUACGCUUCCCAAUUUUACCAGGAUAUAUUUUGGGAAGAAGAGUUAUGAGUAUAUAAACAUUUGUCUCUAGUGAUCCUAAUGGUGAGAAUUUAGAACAAUUAAUUGACUUACUCCAGCGUUUUCAGUGUAACCAGUGUAUUAUUAGGCACCUUUACCUAUUUUGCACAGUCUAUAUUGAACAGUGAACAGCCACUGUUUGGUAACAGGGGCACAGGUAUCAUUUGCUAUGAUCCUAUUUAAAAUACUUUUACAAAAUAGCACCACUUCGUAAAUUAUUUUAAGUUUUAUGGUAUAGAAAAUUGUCGAGGAGGGCGGAAUUUAAACGCGAACUGUAUGUUUGACACCAAUAUAAAGUCGAGCACUAUUUCUAGUUAUUUUUAACCUUACACUAAUGAUUUUUUGUCUAAUUUUUCUAUCUGUUUGAUCGUAAGUCUUCUUUCUUGUUUCGACAAUUUGUUUUAUUCAUAUUUAGGUCUAAGUAAGUUUUAAUAUACUAACAAGGCCCAGACAACAGUUAAUCAAAUUCAAGAAGGUGAUCAUUAAAGAUGUAAAUCUUGACCAAACUAUUUAUACGGUACAUAAUACACACUAUUUACUACCAGAAUUCACAUAAACUCUUAAAAAUAGACACCUAAACUGAAAUAUUCAAUACUUUUUUCUUUAAGUAUUCUAGAAAGAGGAAAAGAUCAUUUGGACACUGGGUACUGAGAUUCUCGAGAUUUUCAUAAAAUAAUAUUAUUAAUAAAAGUAUUUUUAGAAUUUUUUUAAACAUUAAAAUUUGUAAAAAAAUGCUUAUUUUAAGUCUGCUUUCUUAUUGUUACCUCUGCGAAAAAAAU